AUGACAAUGUUGGCGUACGAGGUGGUUCCACUGGAGGAUUUCUCCAAAGAGUUUGGGUCCACAACAGAAUUAUCGAGUGUAUCCAUAGGAGGACAGGUUGUGAAUGUUUCUGAUGAAUUCUUUGCUGAGGCAUAUCAACUGCUCCUAGUCGAGCCGCCCUUAAACCUCGCUAAGCAGUAUGGACCGAACGGGGAGCUUUAUAGCGGAUGGGAAACGCGGCGACACAACCCAACGUAUGACUGGUGGGUACUUCUUUGCAACCAACGUAUCUUGCAAGAAGACAUUCUGCAUAGGUGUACUAUCAAACUGGGAACGACAGGGAUAAUCACUGGUUUUGACAUUGAUACAACUCACUUUAGUGGUAAUGAAGCACCAGAGGCUUCUGUUGACGCUGCACACGAAUUUCCAAACGAAGAAACAACGUGGGAAGGCAUCCUUCCUAAAGUACCCCUAGGACCAUCACGCCGACAUCUUUACAAGAUACCUGCGACAGGACAGGCUACAUAUGUCAGACUUAGAAUUUAUCCAGAUGGAGGGAUCGCCCGCUUUCGCGUUUAUGGACAUAUCACGCCUGUAUUUCCUGCAAAUCCUGUAGAACCCUUUGACCUUGCUCAUAUCUUCACGGGCGGUAAGGUCGUCGCUACAUCCAACGACCAUUUUGGGUCAAGCUCGAAUCUUCUUCUUCCGGGCCGAGGGAAAGAUAUGGGAGAUGGAUGGGAAACCAAAAGAAGCUAUACGAAGGAUCACCAGGACUGGGUCACUAUCAAACUGGGUGCUCCAGGAUACUUGUCAACGGCAGUCAUCGAUACCAUUCAUUUCAAAGGCAACUUUCCAGAGAGUUGUGAUAUUCGGGGCAUAAACAGUCAAGACAUCGCGCCAGAUGCAAAUAGUGAUGACUGGAAGAUGAUUUUAUCGCCCGUUAAAUUGGGCCCCCACUGCAUGCAUUUCUUUCGGUUGAGCAGCCCAUGCGAGCAGUACACACAUGUCAAAGUAUCAAUUCACCCUGACGGUGGCAUCAAGCGGAUCAGGAUCAUAGGCACGAUGGCGGCAAAGUAUGGGGCAGACGUGGCAGAAAUAACAACACGGGCAGACGGAAAACAUCAGACCACUCCAAUUAUUGUCGAGGAGGGUUGGGAGGUUAUUGAGGAUUGA